GAAUCUUUGGGAAUUUGGUGCAGGGGUGUUUUUUUGGGGAUGAGAGGAGCUGAGAGAUGGGAAUGGGAGGAAUUGCAGGAUUUGUUUUUGGCUUUUGCAGACCUGAACAAGGCGUGUGGCAAUGCCAUGGACGCCCACGAGGCGGCGCAGAUGCACCAGAACUUCUCGCAGCAGCUGCUGCAGGAUCACAUCGAGGCCUGCAGCCUCCCCGAGCACAACCUGAUCACGUGGACGGAUGGACCCCCCCCAGUCCAGUUCCAGGCCCAGAACGGCCCCACCACCAGCCUGGCCAGUCUGCUGUGAAUUCCAGGAGAACUCCAGGAAAAUUCCCAGAAAAUUCCAGGAGA